UAAAUCGCGGUAUCAGUGAGUUACGUGAAGUCGAAGUGACACCAGCUGUUGCCCAGAACGUUAACGUCGAGGACUACAUACGAAGAAUUCAUCACUAGUACCAAAAAAAAACAAGUGAAACAAUUUACGCAGAAUGGAAUAUAGUUCCUAGGACCUCCGUCGGUAACAAGAUGCCUUUGUUUGGUAAGAAGGACCCUGAGAAGAAGUCCAAGAAAGAUAGCAAGGACGCAGAUAAGAUGCCCUCCGUUGAGGACAAGUACUACUUGAAAGAGCUGCUGGGAACUGGGGCUUUCUCAGUUGUCCGACUAGCAGAGAGCAAGGAUAGGCCAAGGCAGAUGUAUGCUGUCAAGAUCAUAGACAAGAAAGCAUUAAAGGGAAAAGAGGAUUCUCUGGAGAAUGAAAUCAAAGUGCUCCGCAGAUUGAAACAUCCAAACAUAGUGCAAUUACUUGAAACAUUUGAAGACAAAUCAAAAGUGUAUUUAAUCAUGGAAUUAGUUAUGGGUGGAGAGUUGUUUGAUAGAAUUGUAGAGAAAGGGUCUUACACUGAGAAGGAUGCUGCAGAUCUAAUUAGACAAGUCCUCGAAGCUGUGGAUUACAUGCACGUCCAAGGUGUUGUUCAUCGUGAUUUGAAGCCGGAGAACUUGCUGUAUUACAGCCCAGAUGAUGAGAGCAAGAUCAUGAUCAGUGAUUUUGGUUUAUCAAAGAUGGUAGAGUCGGGGAUAAUGGCAACGGCUUGUGGUACUCCCGGUUACGUGGCUCCCGAGGUGCUAGCGCAAAAGCCGUACGGGAAGGCCGUUGAUGUUUGGAGCAUAGGUGUCAUCUCCUAUAUUCUGCUCUGCGGAUAUCCUCCUUUCUACGACGAAAACGACGCGAACUUGUUUGCCCAAAUCUUAAAAGGCGAAUUCGAAUUCGAUUCUCCCUACUGGGAUGAGAUUAGCGACUCUGCCAAAGACUUUAUUAGACAAUUGAUGUGCGUCAAUGUCGAGAAGAGGUUCACCUGUAGACAGGCCCUUGGUCAUCCGUGGAUCUCUGGCAACACAGCCAGCAACAAGAACAUCCAUGGAACCGUUUCCGAACAACUCAAGAAGAAUUUCGCCAAAUCCCGCUGGAAGCAAGCUUACCACGCAACAACUGUUAUUCGUCAAAUGCAACGAAUGGCCCUUAGUAGCGGAAGCAGCGGAGGGCGCAGUCCUAUCGCCCAGCGUAGCAUGUCUACCGGAGAGCCCUGUGGCAAUCUCAAUGGCUCUCAAGAUAAGUAAUCUCACGGAAUACUCUUCUCUACUUACAUAUAAAUAUUAUAUAUUUCCACUCUCUACAUAUAUCCAAUUCUCUAUCUAUCUUUCCCUCUUAAAUAUUUUACCUUCUCUAAUUAAAUACUACCCAUAUAUAUUUUAUAAAGAAAAAAAAUCACAAAAAAAAAUGUUAAAAGCUGCACUAAAUUUUCGAAUCUUUCUAAUCGCCGUCGAUGUUAUUUUCCACUCUGUCUCUGAAUUUUCUAUUGGCGUAUUGUACCAGAAAUCUUUUUCGACCCCUUGGCCACUUAUAUUAGAGGGCGUUUGCUGUAAAUAUAACGUAUCAAUCUAUUACUGUACAUCUAAGGAAUUGCGAAAGAUACAUUCCAGAAAACCAACAUGAAAAUAUCGAUGAAGAAAAUUGAUGAUUUCGCUUUUUCCUUCGACUGCGUAAGGCCUAAAUACCAAUUUACACAGGUAGCGGAACCGUGUCCAGCCACCCCUCUUGGUGGUUGGUCUUCCUGCAUACGCAAUUUUCGUCGAAUAUCUGCCGAAUGUUGGUUGACACACAUCAAUUGGUCUCUUCGUCAAGUUUGUGGUUUCGGUAUAAAUUUGUGAUAAGUCGCAAAGUUGCUGUGAUCAAGGGGUUUAUAGUAACUAAAAACAGAAGAUAUAAAUGACGUUUCGUGCAUUUUCCACACUCUCUAUCUCUCUAAUUCCCAUCGAUAUAUUAUUAUAACUUAGCUUUAUUUUUGUAUGUUUUACGUUAUUAUUGGGAUUACAAUACAAUGUUUACAAGAAAAAAAUAUUAUAUAAUAAUAAUCAAUAUCAAGAACUUAGUGAGUUCCGAAUGAAUGUGAUGUCGUAAAUUAAUUUGUUUUCGGAAGCCAAUCAAAAUAUAAAAAU